AUGAAUAAGAUUCCAUAUGCAUCUGCAAUAGGAUCUAUCAUGUAUGCCAUGUUAUGUACUCGACCAGAUGUCUCGUAUGCUUUAAGUGCAACGAGUAGGUACCAAUCUGAUCCUGGUGAUGCCCAUUGGGUAGCUGUCAAGAAUAUCCUUAAGUACUUGAGAAGGACUAAGGACUCAUUCUUGAUAUAUGGAGGUCAGGAAGAGUUGGUUGUAUUUGGAUACACCGAUGCUAGCUUCCAGACAGAUAAGGAUGACUUUAGAUCGCAAUCUGGUUACGUGUUUUGUUUAAACGGUGGUGCUGUGAGCUGGAAAAGUUCAAAGCAAGAUACAUUUGCUGAUUCUACAACCGAGGCCGAGUAUAUUGCUGCCUCAAGUGCAGCAAAGGAACAUGAAAUGAGGCAUCAAAUUUACUGUUGCUCCGCCAUCUACCAGUAUCUUGUUUACACCAACAUUCUCAACCUUUCCUUUUAUGAACAAAGGCUUUAA